AUGGAAGACCCGUGGAGCACGCCGUGGGCGGUAGACACGCCGUCCGCGUCGCCCGGGCUGCCACCGACCAAUCCCGCGAAGCUUGCCUCCUCGCAUGGCGGUGGGGGGUUGAACACCCCCCUUGACAGCUCGCCGUGGGAUGCUGCUACGACAACGACCGGAUUGGACGCGGGCGCUCGGGACGACGACGAUGCCUGGGGCGGCUGGGACGACGGCAAUAACAACACUUGGGCCGGGGCUGCGUCGGAGGGCUUCUCCGCGCCGUGGGGGUUUGUGGAUAGGGAGCAGGAUACGGGCAUCGCGGCUGACUCUGCUGUAAGCUUUGGCGAGGAGGCAAGACGCGUGCCGGUAAGCAAGAUGCAGGACGGUGUCAAGAAGAACCCAAUGACGCUGCUGGAGGAUGAGCAGGAUGCUUGGACGGCGUCGCAGGAGAUGACGGUCACCACAGAGGCGCCGGCGGGGAAGAAUGGACCGGGUCUUAGUAAAGGGGAAUCGAUAGCAAAAGAGGACGCUCCACAACCGGCUCCGCAGACGAGGUUGGACAAGGCGACCAAGGUACAGGAGCUCGUCAACAUGUACGACGGUAUAGCGAACAGGGCGGUGCAGCUGCCGGAAGAGACUACGCAUCGGGAUACGAGAUCAACGGACGAGGCCGAAGUGGAGGAGGAGGAUAACACCAGCGAGGAUCCCGCCAAUGACGAGGUCUGUCAUGUCGAGCAAGAACUCAACCUUGGUGGAGAAGAAGAGGGUGCGAGAGGUAUAGAAGCAGAGGCGGCGAGCAUGACAGACUUUGGUAUUGUUAAAAACAUUACGCCUUUGGAUGACGAGACGAUCAAUGAGAAAUCAACGCCAGGGCCGGUGAACGAGGCACAACAAAACGCCGUCAAGGAAGAAGCCAGCCUCUCAGGAGGAGCCAAACGAAGUGGCUCUGAAACUACAAUGAUUAACGAAGAAUCAGACCCUGCGCCGGUAGAAGAGGGAAUAGUGGACAUCAGCGCUGGAGCCUCCUCUUUAUCAGAAACGAGGCAGGACAGCCCCCAAACCGCAAAACCUGAUUCCAAAAAUCCGCCCUACCCCAUCGACCUCCAGCAUCUCGACGCGCUCUUCCCCAGCUCUGCGCCCUCCUGCGCACGCCCCGAGCCCGUCUCCGACGUCAUCAUCCACGACUCGUACACGACGACGUCGGAGCGCAAGACCUGGUACCGCGUCAGCGCCACGCGGCCGCGCGACGACGCCGACGCUUAUCGCCGCGUCACCUGGGCCGCGUCGACCGCGGUCCGGCCGCGGACGCUGCGCAUCGUGCGCCGCUGGAUGGAGGAGGACUCAAUUGCGGGCCGCGUCGUGCUCGGGAGCCGCGGUGGCGGCGCCGGCGGCACGACAAUUGGCGCGAGCAUGUUCAACUGGGACUCGAGCGAGCCGGUGGUGGAGAUUGGCGAGCUGCUGCGACAGCAGCGCGCCGGCCACGGGAUGCACCGCAGCGGCAACGGGGCGCCGGUGACCCCGGCGCUGGGCUCGUCUGCGGACAUACCGAAGUCGCCGUGGGAGGAAGACGAGUUGGCGACGCAGGAAGGGAAGAGGACCUCCGCAGAUCUCAUGCCCCCACCGCCAGCGCCAGAGGGCAGUGCCGAAGCCGCGGCAGUAGCGAACAGGAGCGAGCCCGCGCGGCUGGAGCCGGCAUCAGCGAAUGCAGACGAAGAGGGCGACGACGAGGAUGACUGGGGUGAAAUGGUUUCGUCGCCCGUCGUCGACGCGAGCCCCGCGUUUGCCUCACUGUCCGCAUUAGCGGGUACACAGUCGACGCCUCUGCGACACUCCUUUGAAGCAGACUCGUGCGGCUUGGACUUUGUCGAGUCCCCGGCGCCGAAACCCGCGACACGGGCCAACCCGCCGCCGCCCAUCCGCACCGCUGGCACCUCGGGCGUCUCAUCCCCCAUGUGGACGCCCAGCAUGCACUCGCCGGCUCUAGAGCCCCUGCGCGCAUCGAUGGAUGGCACGCGGGUCAAAUCGGCCGUCGGCACACCCGUUCUGGCAAGUACCCCGGGCUUGGACGUGCCUCGUGCGUCAACGAGCAGCAGCAGGAUGUCCAUGGAGCGCGCGUGGACGCCGGCGGUAGUAUUAACGCCUACGGCGGAGGAUAGGCCGUCCAUGGACGGUUCUCGGACGCAAAAACCCGCUUCGCCUUCGAUGCAUACCAUGGACAAUGGUGGAACAAGAAGCGCCGCUGCGGCCAUGAGCGUGUCGCCGUCGGCCAGCCGAGGGUCCUUUGAGGAUACAUGUACAGUGGAAGAAAAGGCAAUCAUAGACGCGGCUCUACGAAGCCUGCCAGAUUUGUCGUAUAUGCUGCGCUAA